AUGGCUGAGCUACCGGAGCUGGGACGGCACUGCGGCCUGGCCGCCUGCCGCCAACUCGACUUCUUGCCGCUCGUCUGCGCCCACUGCCAGGUCACCUUCUGUCGACACCAUGUCGCUGCCGACGUCCACAGCUGCGACAAGGCGCCCCAGCCGGCCGAGGCGGACCUGACUGCCAGCACGCGGGUGUACGGCUGUCACGUGGCGGGCUGCACGGCCGCCGAACUGACGCCGGUCACCUGCCCAGGCUGCCAGCGACCCUGCUGCCUGACGCACCGUCACGAGGCCGAGCACGACUGCCCGCCGUGCGCCGCCAUGGACACGCCCGUCGAGCAGCUGGCGGCCGGCCAGCUGGACAGCGGCGAGACGGUGGUGCUUGAGUACGGCGACCCGGCGCAGCCGCGGCGCGACGACGUCACGCGCUACGACGUCACGUGA